CCCCCCCCCCGCCCCGCACACUCUUCCUCCUCCUCCUCCUCCUCUUCACUUUCUCCACAUCGCAGGGCUCAGGAUGUGGAUCCAGGUCCGCACCAUAGACGGCACCGAGACGCAGACCAUUGACGACCUGUCCCGGCUCACCAAGAUCGAGAGCCUGCGGGAGAAGAUCCGAGAGUUGUUCGACGUGAGCCCCGAUCGCCAGCGCCUCUUUUACCGGGGCAAGCAGUUGGAAGAUGGACAUACUUUGUUUGAUUACAAUGUUGGACUGAAUGAUAUAGUGCAGCUAUUGAUACGAUCAGAGUCUGAUGCUCCUACCACUUCCAUCCAGACUAGUGAUGGAGAGGUCAACCUCUGCUCUAAUGCCAACUGUAAAAAUAAAAUCAAGAAAACCACAAGUAGCGGUUCUACAAACCAGCCAUCUACAUCAGCUCGUUCAUUUCUCAUUGAUCCAGGCAUUGGAUUAUAUAAGGUAAACGAACUGGUGGAUGCUCGUGAUGUCAGCAUUGGCGCUUGGUUUGAAGCUCACAUAGAAAAUGUAACUCGAGUGGCAAAGGGACAUAAGAAUGGCAAGGCUCAAGCAAAGAGUGGCAAUACUUACAAAAGGACUAAUGGAAACUUAAGCCAGGAUCAUUCCAGAGAGAACACAAAUAAUUUGGACAGUGCACCCUCCACUUCUUAUUCAGACUCUAUGGACACUGAAGAAGCUAUUUAUCAUAUCAAGUAUGAUGAGUAUCCGGAAAAUGGUAUCAUAGAAAUGGGUGCCAGUAAUCUUCGACCACGGGCAAGAACCAUCCUGAAGUGGAAUGAACUCAAUGUGGGUGACGUGGUGAUGGUUAACUACAAUGUAGAGACUCCUGAAGAACGAGGAUUCUGGUUUGAUGCAGAAAUUACCACUUUGAGGGAAAUCUCAAGGACUAACAAAGAAGUUCAUGCCAAAAUUAUGCUGGGAGGACCUGAAGAUAUUAUCAAUGAUUGCAAGAUACUUUUCCCAGAGGAAAUGUAUAAGAUUGAAAAGCCUGGAGCUGCUUAUCCACUUUCAUUUGGUGAUGGAGAAUUCAAAAGAAAGAGUGGUCCCGAAUGCAAGCACUGCAGGGCAGAUCCAGAUAAGGAAUGCCGCUUUUGCUCCUGUUACUUGUGUGGUGGAAAACAGGAUGCCCACAUGCAGCUUUUGUGUGAUGAGUGUAAUAUGGCCUAUCAUAUAUACUGCCUGAAUCCACCUUUAAGCAAGAUACCAGAAGAUGAAGAUUGGUAUUGUCCUUCUUGUAAAAAUGAUUCAAAUGAAGUUGUAAAGGCUGGUGAAAAGCUUAAGCAGAGUAAGAAGAAAGCAAAAAUGCCGUCUGCUAGUACGGAAAGCCAGAGAGACUGGGGCAAGGGUAUGGCUUGUGUUGGUCGCACUAAGGAAUGCACUAUUGUUCCCUCUAACCACUAUGGACCUAUACCUGGUGUCCCUGUGGGAACAACUUGGAAAUUUAGAGUCCAGGUGAGCGAAGCAGGUGUUCAUCGGCCCCACGUUGGUGGCAUUCACGGACGAAGCAAUGACGGAGCAUACUCCCUGGUGCUGGCUGGAGGAUUUGAAGAUGAAGUAGACCGAGGUGACGAAUUCACUUACACCGGGAGUGGUGGUAGAGAUCUUUCCGGGAAUAAAAGGAUCGGAGAACAUUCAUUUGAUCAAACAUUAACCCACAUGAACAGGGCAUUGGCCCUAAACUGUGAUGCUCCUUUGGAUGAUAAAAAUGGAGCAGAGUCUAAGAAUUGGAGAGCUGGUAAGCCAGUCCGAGUGGUGCGCAGUUCAAAAGGACGGAGGAUCAGCAAAUAUGCCCCUGAGGAAGGCAACAGAUACGAUGGCAUUUACAAGGUGGUGAAAUACUGGCCAGAAAUCGGAAAAUGUGGAUUCUUGGUUUGGCGCUAUCUUCUGAGAAGAGAUGAUGUUGAGGCUGCACCUUGGACCUCAGAAGGAAUAGAGCGGUCAAAGAAAUUGGGCCUAAGCGUCCAGUAUCCAGAAGGUUAUCUGGAAGCCAUGGCUAGUAAAGAGAAGAAAGAUAAAGUCAAAAAGCAUACUGUGAAACAAGAACCAAGCAGACAGAGCAAUGGAAACCAGAAACGGUCGAUUGAUGAUGGUGUGGAUGAACCUAAAAACACUUCCAAAACCAUGAGGAUGGCCGAUGGUGGCAAAGGAGGCGAGGCAUUCCAGCUAACCGCACAGCAGCAGUGGCUAAUCAGAGAAGACUGUCCAAACCAGAAGUUGUGGGACGAAGUACUCGCAUCUCUUAAGGAAGGACCAAAUUUUCUAAAGAAACUGGAACAAUCCUUUAUGUGCGUCUGCUGCCAGGAGCUGGUUUACCAGCCAGUGACAACAGAGUGCCUCCACAACGUUUGUAAGAGUUGCUUACAGCGUUCCUUUCGGGCUGAAGUCUUCACCUGUCCUGCUUGUCGUUACGACCUCGGAAAGGGCUACACAAUGGUUCCCAAUAAGAUUCUGCAGACACUACUCGACCAGUUCUUCCCUGGCUACAGCAAAGGACGAUGAUAUGUCCAGCUUUUACCAUACUUCUCCCAGAGACUUUUGAGACAGUAAAGGAGAGCGAAAUAUGGGAAAAUGCAACAGUGGACCAACAGGCGUGAUGGGACUCAGCGUAUAUUGUCACAUUCUGAAGCAGCUAACCCUCUUCCCCACGGAGCCAUCUCUCUUUGUGUAGUGAGAAAUCCAUUUAUCAACUGUCUUUCAACAUCAAAAGGUAGUUUCUGCCCGUUGACAACUAGUUUUAAUAGAGGAGUGAAAAUUUGAAGCCUCAGCCUUGACUGGUCAACCUAGCUGAUGCUCAAGUUGUGGUUUGUUUUGUUUAAUUUUGCUUUUAUAACUACCUCAGGACAGAGGAAAAGAAUUUGUGGGGAUUUUUGAAAAAUAAAUUGGUCAGUUGAAAUUUAGCUACACACUGCCGCCCAAAUAUAUUUGUGCCUGGUCCAUGCAAUUUGAUUUUAGUGAGGGGAAAAAACAAAACAAAACAGCACUUAAGCCAGUUUGAUUAAAGAACAGCAGAUUCUGUGGUGUGCAUAAUCCUUUCUUUUCGUCCUUUCUCCCAUUAUGCUGUAUUUUUUUUUUUUGGCAAGAACAGGCUGAUUUUAAGUCUAUUUUUGUGAGCUUCAUUGUGCUUUUUCUUGUAUCUUAUGCAAGUUGACUACUAAUGACUAAUGAGAACAAUAUGAAUGCAUUGUUGCUACAUUAGUGUAAAGUGAUCUGUGUUUUUUGCACUUAAGAGGUAUUCAAGACACUCUAGUUGUGUAAAAAAUAUUUCAUAUGGAACAAGCCACUUUUGUAUUAGUUAAAACUGUAUGCUUUUAGUAGGUCUUGUAUCAGUGGCAAACAUCUACACAGCAUUGAAGGCAGUGCUAGCUUGGAGAGGGUUGAAAUCGCUUCAUAUUGUGAUCUUAAAUUUUAUAUACAGUAUAUUCCCCCAAAAUAUACCUUAUUAAAUAUUUUAUGAUUCAGAAAAAAAUUUGCUAAUUAUUUUUGUUGCCUUGUAUUGUUGUACAACCUUGUUGACAUCAAGAAUUUUAACAAAGGA